GUUCCUUUGCAAUUUACAGCGCAGAACUCUGCAAAUGCAGGUUUUGCAGACUUUGAUGCAUUUGGACAGUCUAGUGGCUCGAGUAAUUUUGGAGGUUUCCCCACAGCAAGGCAGUCUUCUUUUCAGCCCCAAAAUACAGGUGGAAGUGCUGGAUCAGCAAAUGCUAACUUUGCUCACUUUGAUAACUUCCCCAAAUCCUCCAGUGCUGAUUUUGGAGCCUUCAAUGCCUCUCAGAGCAACACAACAGCAACUGCAGCCAGCAAAGCUGCAGUGAACAAACCCCAUCUCCAGUCAGCUGACAAAUACGCAGCUCUGGCUAAUUUAGACAAUAUCUUCAGCGCAGGGCAAGGUGGUGGUGAGCAAGGAAGUGGCUUUAGUACAGUAGUGCCAGCAUCAGCAGGUCCUGCGUUGUCAGCCCCAAGUCAGUUGAGUGCAUCUUCAGACAAGUAUGCAGCUCUAGCAGAGUUAGACAGCGUGUUCAGCUCCACAGCAACCUCUAGUAACGCGUAUACUUCCACCAGUAAUGUUAGCAGCAAUGCUUUUGGAACAGUACCCGUGGCUGCUACUGCACAGACACAGCCUGCAUCUUCAAGUGUGCCUGCUCCAUUUGGAGCAACACCUUCCACAAAUCCAUUUGUAGCUGCCCCUGUUGCCCCAGUGGCACCUUCAACAAAUCCAUUCCAGACCAAUAGCCGAGGAGCAACAGCAGCAACAUUUGGUACUGCAUCCAUGAGCAUGCCUGCAGGAUUUGGAACUCCUGCCUCCUACAGUCUUCCUACUAGUUUUAGUGGCAACUUCCAGCAGCCCACGUUCCCAACCCAGGCAGCUUUCCCUCAACAGACUGCUUUUGCUCAGCAGCCAAAUGGAGCAGGUUUUGCUGCAUUUGGACAGGCAAAGCCUGUAGUAACUCCUUUUGGACAAGUUGCAGCUGUUGGAGUAUCUAGUAACCCUUUUAUGGCUAGUGCACCAACAGGACAAUUUCCAACAGGAAGCUCAUCAACCAAUCCUUUCUUAUAGCCUUAUAGACACUUUACCCAAAAGAACUCUUAUGUGGUCACAUAACAUCUCUGCGCCUCUUGCACUGUUGUCUUGUUUCACUGAUAUUAGCUUUAAACACAAAGAAGUCUUUAAGAAGUAAAAAUAAAAGCCUGCAUUGUAUACCUUUAAAGAAAAAUACACACAACCCAAGAAAAUCAACUCCCCCACCAGGUAAUAACGUGCAAAACAGAGGGCUCUGGUAACAUCCUUGAACCUGUGAACUGGCAGGUAAAAAGUAGCGGUAUCAUGUAUAUUAAAAUUGGCUAAUAAGUUAUUGCAGAUACCACACUCAUUAUGCUGCAGUACUGUACAUAUUUUUCUUAGAAAAUAGCUAUUUGUGCAUAUCAGUAUUUGUAACUUUAACACACUGUUAUGUGAAAAUGUUACCGGGAAAUAGAUCAGCCACUUUAAGGUGCUGUUGUAUCUCUUGGAAUGAAUGAGCUACAUCAUUUUAACCAUUGGUAUUGGAAGUCAUGAAGUUAAAUUGAAGGUUUGUUCAUUUCUCAAAAUGUUUUCCUUUCCUAAGAGCUCUUCUAUUUAUACAUGCCUAAAUCUCUAAUGUUAGAGGGUUACCUGUCUGCAUAAUAAAGCUGAUCAUGUUUUGCUACAGUUUGCAGGUGAAAAAAAUAAAUAUUAGAAAAAACA